AUCAACAGCAGUUUUUAAAACUGAUCUUUGCUCAGUUGUGGGCAUUUUAUCCCUUCCACACACCUCUUUGGUUCGAUACUUUCUCAGGUAGUGUGUCAGCUACUCCUCCAGACUGAUGGCUCUGUUGUUGCCUUUUUUCAUUUUGCUUCAAGUCCUCUGUUAUGUUCAUGGCUAUCCUACUGGUGCUCCCACUGGUGCCUGUGAGGAUAUGAUGCCUCGUCACUCAGGUGUGCAGCCUCAGCCCUCUCCAGUACCCUAUGCCAUCCUCACCAACACCAGGACGUUUCAGCCAGGACAAGCCAUUACAGUGACUAUCACAGGACCAGAUUAUAGAGGCGUGCUUGUGGAAGCUCGGACAUUUGGCAGCACCAACGCUCUGGGAAGCUGGCAACUCAAUCCCCCAGACACAAAGUUUCUUCAGUGCUCAGGGAAUCCACAAGCUGCUGUCACUCAUUCCAACACCAACCUGAAGGGCAACACCACUGUGUACAGCUGGUUACCGCCCGACUCUGCAAGCCCCAUCUACUUCAUGGCCACAGUAGCUCAGCAGCGGACAAUCUACUGGGUUGAUGUGAGAUCUGACACUCUGACCAGAGGAAAAAGCCAAGACUUAAUUUGGAUGAGCACAGAUGCAAGUUCUGGGAAGGCUGAAGAAAAACCUCUGCAUGUGCUUAUAACAUGUUUUCUGAUGUUUCAGGUGCUGUUGUAAAUAUAAA